AUGGAUCAACGUGAAUUCCGACCCCAUGAAAGGAAAUUAGAUUAUAAAAGAAUCAAUGAGCAAUAUCGGAUUAAACGAAACAUUCAUAACAAAUACAAAAAUAUAUGGUAUCCUGUACCUGUUUGUCAUGGAAAACAAAUUAACAAAACUAAAAAUGAAAAUACAAAGAAUAAAGUUAUUAGAAGUAUAAAACUUAAAAUAGAGAAUAGCACAAUUAAUCCUGAAACAAUGGAAAAAUUAAUUGAAAAUGAUUUUUCAAACUAUGAUAGAAAAUUAAUUAAAUUGGGAAAUAGUGCGAAUUCAUAUAAUUAUAACAAUAAUGACGGCACUUUCCACUUAAACUCUCCUAAUUUAAACGAGGUAAAUUACUUAUCUUAUGCCCGAGCUAAAGAUUUCUCCCAAAAUUUAAUACUAUCAAAGAGCGAUCAUCAUUUUCUGACUAAUAAGUUAGAAUCGAAUUAUUUAAAAGGAUCUAAAUCUGGAACCCAAUUUUAUUCUGAAAAACCAAAAUCAAUGUUUGACCGAUACAACUCAAGCAUAAAUUCUUGUCGAAAAAUACGUAGAUGUAGAACAACCUUUACCACAUUUCAAUUACAUCAAUUAGAAUUAGCUUUUGAAAAGACCCAAUAUCCGGAUGUAUUUACAAGGGAAGAGUUAGCAAUAAAACUAGAUUUAAGUGAAGCCAGAGUACAAGUAUGGUUUCAAAAUAGAAGAGCUAAAUGGCGUAAAAAGGGUGAAAGAUAUUCUGAUGAUAGCGAAGAAAACGAGCAUUUAUUUGGAGAAAAUAAAAAUAAAAUCGAUAAUGAAAAGGAUUAUUUUCACAAUUCCAGUUUAGAUUCAAAAAAGUUUAUGAAAGAUUCGAGAGAAACCUUAAAGAAUGCAUCAAUUGUUAAAGAAAGUCUCGAUUCUCAUACAUUAUCGUCUAUUUUUUACGAAAUUUUUACCAGUAACGAUGAUAGUAUAAUAACCAAAAAUAUCGAAAUAUUGCAUUCUCCUAACUAUAAUAAAUUUAAAUCUAUGUUAACUAAUAAAUUUGUUGCGGAUGUUAACAAUCUUACGACUUCCAAAAUAAAACGAAGGAGGCGAAAAAAUAUCAAUCAGGAAGUAGAUACAAUUAAAAUAAGGAAUGAAAAUAGUGGUAUCAGGUGUAAACCAAAAUAUGAAGAUAUUGAUGAUAGAAUUAUGAUAGCCUUAAAUCAAUCAAAAAUUAUGCAGAGUAAUAAAGAUUAUAAAAUAAAUACAUAUGGCAUUGAAAAUUCAUUGAUGAACCAAAUGUAUUCCCAUAAUAGAAUCCCAAUUAUGUGUCCUAAUUUCCCCUAUUAUAUUCCCAAUCCUGCUAAUCCAACAUCUAAUCCAAUUUUAGCUUCAAAUGCAACCUUAUACUACCCAUCUCUUUAUUACCAUGAAGUAGGUAGAGGCGAAUAUCAGAAUACAUACAAGGCCAAUUUUGAAAAAAAUAUUGUUAAUAAGACUGUUAUAAAUGAUCGCGAUAAAGCUAAAUCAUUAAAUAAUGCAACGAAAAGCCAACAUUUAAUGCACUAUUAUACUUACCCUUAUUUCUAUUCCAAUAUGCCUACAACGACGGAUAUUUUAUAUGCCUGUGGCCCAAUCGGUAAGAACGUCGCUUGCAAAUCUAAUGGACUAUUGAACUUAGGUUCGAAUCCCGGCAAAGAUUCCUGCACAGAUACCAUUCAACAAAAAGAUAUUGAAAAUCAACAAUCAAAUUGUAGUACUGAAAAUCAAGAGCAAUACAUAACUGAUACAUUAUAUUAUAUUUGUAGAUUCCUACCAUUCAACAAAAAGAAUAAUCAACAAUCAAAUUGUAGUACUGAAAAUCAAGAGCAAUGUAUUAUUGUUUCAAGAUCCUUAACACAUAAGGAGAAAGCCAGACGGAGACAGGAACUUUGUCGAAGCAAGAAAAAACAAGGGCAAAGUCUUACUGCAUCAAUAUCAAAGUGUAGUAUUACUGAAAAUCAAGAUCAUUUUCUCAACGAACAAAAUUAUUAUGGUCUUUGGCAGGCUUGA